GGUUUUUGUUCUGUUAUAUAUUUAUAGCGUUCCCCUUUCACAUGUGCAUCGUUCCCUAGCGAACAGUAGCGAAACAGGAAAGGCUCUAAAAUAUCGUAAACUAAAAAAAAUUAUUGUAACGGACCAAGUGUACACUAAAGUAAAUAGAUAACACACAAACUGUAAACAUGUCCAGCUUACCACGUCGUAUCAUUAAGGAAACUCAGCGCUUGAUGCAGGAGCCUGUGCCCGGAAUUAAUGCCAUUCCUGAUGAGAACAAUGCGCGCUACUUUCAUGUUAUCGUAACGGGUCCAAAUGAUUCACCUUUCGAAGGUGGCGUUUUUAAAUUGGAAUUAUUCUUGCCCGAAGAUUAUCCAAUGUCAGCGCCAAAAGUACGAUUCAUUACCAAAAUCUAUCAUCCGAAUAUUGAUCGCUUGGGACGCAUUUGCUUGGAUGUACUCAAGGAUAAGUGGAGUCCAGCAUUGCAAAUUCGUACAAUUUUGCUUUCAAUUCAGGCGCUUUUAAGUGCACCCAAUCCCGAUGAUCCACUAGCAAAUGAUGUCGCAGAAUUGUGGAAGGUGAACGAGGCUGAGGCCAUCAAGAAUGCACGUGAAUGGACUCAGAAAUAUGCCGUCGAAGACUGAAGUGCAAAGUGAAGUGUUUGCAGCAGAAAACGUACGACGAUGAAAGCGGGCGGUGGAGCUGCAUGGAGUGUGGCGGGGGAAUUGGGCAUACCAUGGGAACAACACGUGAAUACAACGGCUUUUAAUUGGUAAACAAGUGAUGGGGUGGGGGGCAUGGAGUAGUUGUAAUGUGCGUGAAUCAAGAAAUGGAAUUAUGUAAUAACAAUUAAGUAGAGUAAUAAUAUUGCGUAAAAUAAUUGCUAACUGGCUAAAGAAGAACAACUUAUCUCCGGUAUGCUGUUAAUAUUUUUAAAACACUAUACACGUUAAUAUAUUGAGAUGCUGACGUCUUGAAUGUUUUUAAAAAUAAAACUCUACCAAGCAAAACAAAAACACUACAACAAACAAAUGAGUAUAAUAAAUGAAAUACAAAACAGUAAUAAAGUUAUUGAUAAUGCAAAAAAAUAAUUAUAAUGAAAUAAAAAGAAUUUCUAUUAGUACAUGCAAUAAAAUAUAAAUAUAUAUAUGUAUACUCUUACUACACACUUUAAUACAAGCUAAAUGAUAUGAUAAUAGUUUAAAUAGAGUAUAAAAACUAAAUGCUAAAUCACUUGUAAGAAGAUGCAACAACAACAACAAUAACUAUGCAAUUUUUGAUUCCAACUUUUAUACGGUCUACAUUUGGCUGCUAAGAUGAGCGGUUGAGUAAAGAGCGCAACACAACUUUUCAACAAAAUGCCGGUUGCCGCUUGCUACUGACUUUCGUCCACGUAUAUACAUAUAUAAUAUAUGUGGAUAAAAGUGUUGCACGUCGUUGUGCGCGCUCGUUAGCUAGGGCGCUGUGUGCUAUUUAUUCACAUUUUCUUUUAGUUGCGCUAACAAUAUUACGUUUAGCCGUCUAUUCAUAUAGCAAUUGUAUUCUUUUUUUGCAUUUUAAAUUCUAAGCCACUCUUAUACAUACUAUGUAUCUACAUGUAAGCACGCCGCAUGUUGACGUUGUAGAUAUUCUGCUUUAAGGAAGUUGCUAUUAAUAUUUAAUGAACAAUGAAAUUCGAUUAAUCAUUAGAGUUUGCACUUCAAAAAAAAACACACACACACUGAUGUUACUUUUAAUUUUGUAUGCUUAUAUGUUUCCUUAUAAUUAUUAGCAUUAUUUAAAAAAAUUCAUAAUAGGUAUUUUUAAAUUUUAGUAGCAUUUCAUAUACGCUGCAUAAAAGUCAAGGUGAAAGCAAACGUCAAUGUGAAAAACCUUUGACAGCAGCGCUGCAUGGCUUGCUACAUUUUCUAUUUGUUUGUGUGUAAAGCAAAAAUACCUUUAUAAAGUAAAAUAUAUGAAACAUUAAGAAUCUGCAUAAUUUUUUUUUAUUUCUUAAAGAAUUAGUUGAAAUAAACGCGAAACCUGAAUUGUAAGAUAAAAAA